GCUGGGAAUAAUCAACAAGACGAGACAGAGGUGAGGUUUGCGCUGGAAUGUAAGGAGAGCCGAGGGCCUCACCUGCUGCUGCUGUACAGUCAGAAACAGGGAGGCACAAUGAAAGGCGAGUGGGCGGGGUUUGCUCCAUUUUCUCUGUCUGUCUGAGAAGUUUGCACCAAAUCACUGGAGUCAGGUGUACCUGGAGAAACGCCGUCAUUCAGAGCAGCACGUUUGCGGUUUAUCCCGGAUUUACCUGCCGGCGAGAAUGCGCCAAUGAUCCGCUGAAGCCGAGAAUCGUAGCUACGCAUCAACUAAUCAAUAACAAUGAAGAAGGGGUCGCUGAAUUUUCUGGGUCGAAAGAAUCAUUCUCUAUUCGACACCAAUGUCAAAAUGCAGGAGAUGGACAAUGUAGAGUUGGUCCUGGGGUCAUCUGCAACUCAUGAGUCAGGGACUGCAAGUGUGCGAGCUAGACCCACAGUGAAGCAUGGUGCUUCCUUGUCUGAGAGUUUCCAAGGCUUUGCUGUCCCAAUGCCGAAAGUCCCUCUCCUGCCCCCUGUCAAUGGUCCAAAGACCAACGGUUCAGUUGGUUGGGAUCCAUUGUCCAAUGGCUCCAUUACUUCAGUGCCUAACCUUGAUAAAGGGGAAAUAUUUGUUCCUCCUCCUCCUUCUGUAGCACCUCCACCACCUCCAAGUGAAUGGAUUCCACCUCCACCAGACUUCCUGGGUGACUUAAACACUCUAGACCUAGCAACCAUACAGCCUCCUUCCAUGCCCGCACCAAACCCUCCUUCAGUAGAACCAAAGGAUUUAUCCUUCCUAAAACCACCACCAAUGGCUCCACCAAAGCCUCCAUCUACCACUUCUACUGGCUCUCCAUCAUCCAUACCCAUCUCUAGUCCACCAUCAGCUCAAGUUCCAGAGCAUCCAAAAUUUGCCGCCCCACAGCCCCCUACUGAAAGGCAACAGAAGACUCAGAAGAAACCUCCUCCAAAGCCCAUUAGAAUUUCCUCAGUCUCCAACUCUGACUCCCCCCCACAGACUCCUGCACCACCACCCCCUGUGCAGACACCCACAUUGUCCACUUUCAAUCCCCAAAACACAGCAAAGGUUAACACUGCUCCUAAGACCUCAUUUCUCAAUGUGUUUGAAGACCGUGACAAAAAACCUAAGCACAUGUUACUCCUGGAAGAUUCCGGGUCUUCCAGCUCUGGCCCUGUUCUCGUCAAGGUGGACGGUAAUGCUCCCAAAGUGCCUACACUAUCUAAACCAGUUCCCAUUGUAAAGGAGCUGGAGGAGAAUUUACAAGUUGCCCAACCUUCUGAAUCUACCCUAUUUGAGCAAAAGACAGUGACUAAGACAGAGACUAAGACAAAGGCUAAAACAGAGACAAUUUCAGUGCAACCAGAAAUAACCAAACCAGUACAGCCACCGCCUCAGAAGUCUCUACAGCUUGAUAAAGUUGACAAUACUCAGAUUAAUUUAGAGACAAGCAAGGACAAACUUGGAGAGAACCAAGGUCCAAAAGCAGAAAGUCCAAAAGCAGAAAAUCCUAGAGAGUACCAAAGUCCAACCCCAGUCAAACCUGUACGGUAUCAAAAUCCAAACCAGAAAUACAGUCCGAUAUUGGAUCACAAACUACGUAACCUGAAAGGAAGUGAAACCCAUGGAGCACGAGACGGGAAUGCAGCUUCUCCGCUGGCUCUUCUAAAGGCAGCUAAAGAAAGAGAGAAAAACAGAACGACGCACUCUGUUUCACAGGAAAACAGUGGAAAGAACAAUGAGCAGCCAAGUAUUCACUCAAGUGACCUUUCAAGUUCUGGCUCUUCAGCUGUAAAACUGACAGAAAAAAUAUUACCAGAGACUCCAAAAUCCUUCAGUCCAGUAGACCGUCCACAAACAAAUGAUGCUCCUGAAACUUCAAGCAGUCAUGCCCUGGUCAAUGGUCAGGCACCAUCUACCAGUCCAGCUCUCAACAGGAUCAUAGAAACCCCUGCUGUUAGCAAAAAAGCAGAGGAGAGACAAAAGGCAUAUCAAAGCAGCUCACUGUCUCAGACUCCACAACCUGAGGGCAAUAAAGAUGGGUUCAGCAUGCCAUUACUGCCUCCACCACCAGAGUUUGAUGAUUUAAGCAAGAUUAUGGACCUGCCACCUUCCAUCAUUCCACCGGACCCUCCCACAAAAAAGGCACCGUCACCACCUGUAACCUCUCUUUCCCCUGCCUCAGUUCAGUAUCCUUUGAAUAAGACACAACCCUCUGCAAGUCCUCCCUCUUCAGUUCCACCUCCUCCUCUGAAGACAGCACCUACAGCUUCAAUUCCACCUCCUCCUCUGAAGACAGCACCUCCCUCUUCAGUUCCACCUCCUCCUCUGAAGACAGCACCUACAGCUUCAAUUCCACCUCCUCCUCUGAAGACAGCACCUACAGCUUCAAUUCCACCUCCUCCUCUGAAGACAGCACCUCCCUCUUCAAUUCCACCUCCUUCUCUGAAGACAGCACCUCCCUCUUCAAUUCCACCUCCUCCUCUGAAGACAGCACCUCCCUCUUCAAUUCCACCUCCUCCUCUGAAGACAGCACCUACAGCUUCAAUUCCACCUCCUCCUCUGAAGACAGCACCUCCAGCUUCAGUUCCACCUCCUCCUCUGAAUACAGCACCUCCAGCUUCAAUUCCACCUCCUCCUCCUCUGAACCACCCACCUCCUAAUGUCCAACCAAAGACACAAGUCCAGACAAAACCCAAGCCAGACUCCACUCAGCCAGCACGCACUCUGGAACAAAGACAUUUUGAUCUCCAGUGCAUCCUAAAAAAGAAGCUGGAGGAAAUGGCCCCCAAAAUUUCCCACCAAAAGGAAGAUGUAGAGCCUUCCUCUGAUGAAUGGGAGUCCAAUGACCAGCUCAAAUCACCAACUACCAAAUAUCACCAGAAAGCAGCAACUCUGGACAUGAGGGAGCUGCAGCGUCAAGUGAACAAAAAAUAUCCAGAUAACUCGCCAACAAAAGCUUUGACCAGCAAUGGGCCGAAGUCUAAAUAUCAACAUGGUAUGACUUUCACAGUUCGGCCUGGAACCAAAAAUCCUAUUACUUAUCAUGAGUAGCGGAGAUUAUUAAGGGUCUUUCGAUUCUUGGACAUGUUGAGACCUUCAACACAGACUAUGGGACACAACGUGUGUGAAACUACACUUUUAUCAGCAGCAGUGUGGACCACAGCUGAAAAAGAAGGCUUCACACAGGUUAUUUACACACUGGGUAGCAAAUAUGUUAAGACUGCCUGUUGACAAAGGACUGCCGAAUCAUAAAGACAAACACGACACAGUCACUGUCAAAUGGUGUUUUCUUUUCCAUUGUGUCACAGUCAGAAAGAACGUUUUAAACAUUUGUGUAGUUGCUGCUAAUUAUUUAGUCUUAAGCUAUAUUUUGCUAUAUGUUGACUUUUUAACCAUAGCUUUGGGUAAUGUUAUUGUAUAGGAAAACUCCAUUAAUAUUCAAAUAAAAAAAGGUAAAAGUUUUUUAAAAGUCUUUUAUAAAACAAUGAGAAAAUUUAAUUGUAAAAUAUAGUAAUUUGGAGCAUAACUGUUAUUAUUUCAUGCUGUAAUUACCUGCCAAAUAAUGGGAAAUGUUCUUUCACUGUUACAUCUCGAUUAUGAAAGUCUUAUGGCGCAGAGUAGUAGGGGUCUAGUGUGAUUCUCACAUUUAUCCCAAAAAAUCCUUUAUGGUUUGUAUUGGAUUUUCUAUACCACUACGAUAAAGAGUGUUAAUCUAGUUACGUAUACAUUGUUAUUCAUGGAGAUAUCAAUUUGUAUAAUAUGAAAAUCACAUUUGGACAUUGCAAGAUGUAGUUAUAUGUACAUGUUAAAGUUGUAUAUAGAAAGUCAUCAAAUUAAGACAUUCAACUCUAAGUAGGAAAUAAAUGUAACAAAUUGCUGAGUACACAUGGCUUGCAUGUGUACUCAAUUGUAUGUAAAAACACUGCAGUGAUUUGCAUCAUCCUAGUAAUUAAAGCUUUUAGCUGUGGCUCAGAAUGUAAGUGCAGAUUUAAUAUACUGGUAAAUUCCCAGGGUGCAGUAUUGUUUAGUUUGUGGCUUUAGUUUGUUGUUAGGUGGUUGCUAGACAGUGUGACAUCAUCGUAAUAUGUCAUGCUUAGUUUUUGGGAUAUAAAUUAUGUGUUACUGUUGUGAAAUUAAAAUGAUACAAUACUUUUAUAAGGCUCUUGUAGGUGCAUAAAAGCUACAAAUGUGUCAUUGUGCCACAUUGUCAGGUGGCUGCUAGGCAACAUGAUGACCUCAUAAUAUUUUAUAUAAACAAGAAUCGUCAGGGCCCCAUGAAGAACCUGUGUGCCAACUCCAGAUCAUGUAGGAGCUUGUGUGCAGAUUUUUUUGUAUUAAAGUAAGAUAUAAGCUAGCUGAAGAACUGGUUUAAGUUUUUUUUUCCCUCCUAAGAAUUGUCCCAAAUAGCAUCACGCAAUUAAUUCCAAAUAAUUCCAAGAUUCUGCUAACGAAGAAAUUUAGAUUUAAUUAUUAGGCGUUUUUUGUGGUUUUUGACGCAAAUAACCAAAACACAUCAAAGCACAUGUAAUUCAACAGACCUCCAUGAAAGGCCUUAAAUGUACCAAAAGUUAUAGAUCAUUAUUAUCUACAUCAGACCUCACAUUGACACUGUUAGUGAAUGACUGGGGUCUGCGUCAGCCACAUCCUUACCAACACAGUGGUUUAUAUUUACAGGGCAUGUGAUCAAAAAGUUCCACCAAUAAAAUAAGAAACAUACUCAAUUUAGCUACUAUGCUACUCAAGAUGGUUUCCUUCAUCGCUUCUCCGGGGCUGCCAUUGCUUCUGCUAUUUAUUUUUAUUUUUAGAUGGCUUCACUGAAGUCCCACCCCAUGUGUUGAAAUGUCUUCUGCGUCAAAGUGAACCAUUCUGAAUCUGGAAGAUUUAAGAGUGGUUUGUCUGAGGUCGAGCAUUUUUGUCCUGUUUUUUUUCCCCCCCUAUAUUUACUGGGUAAAACACCAUCACUGUCAGUGCACAGUUGUACUGUAACAUCCUGGGUAAGCAUUCUUUUCAAAUAAAAAACUUUCACUCACAA